CGGGUGAGACUGGUACGACUAGGGAAUCCGUCCUCACUACGUCUUCCCGACACACCAGCUGACAGUGAAUCUGCGCGCCGGCCCAAGCCACGGUGGCCGCGACCGCCGCUUCGUUCGUGAAGGUAACUGAGGCCACGAGUUUCUCGCCCGGCAUGAAGGCUCCCUGGCCGCUGACCUCUACCCGCACCUCCACCAUUGCUCUCUCUGCUACCUCCCUGCAGCACGAGCACAGAAGCUUUCCUCACGCGCGUUGAAUAGGUGGAAGGUGCGGUUUUUUUAGAAAGCCGUGGUUGACUCUAAUUGAUGCGCACCCCGCUGCUAUGGACCAAAACUCGGGACCACAGCGCGGUGGCGCCGGAAAGCGACUCUUAGCUGCAAACUACGUGCUGGAGCUCGUUCCUGACGCACGGAGCGCGGAGAGAAGACGGCGCCGAUCCUACCACCAUUCCGAAAGCUUAUUCCAUCUUCCGUCCCGAGGAGAAGACCACCGCGUUCAUAGACAAGGCAGGAACAAGAAAUUUUGCAUUUUGCUAAAUAUUCGUCUUCGUCAGAUGUCCACACGCUGU